CCAUUGAUAAUCAUUUAAGGAAUGUGUAACCUGUUAUUCAGAGUCCAGCUGAAGUUAAAGCAUCAUUGUGACCAGGAAUUACACACUGCUGUCUCUGCUUUGCUAUUUGGAGUUGAAAACUCAAAAAGAGGAAUAUUAGAAAGCUGCAGUUCGAAGUCAGUCGGCUGAUUGAAGACAGGCUCCUGUGGAUCCUGACCAUGGAUGACGAGAUGACGCCUUUGGACUGCCUGCUGUCCUCAGGCACACAGAGGAUCUGUCUGAUCAUUCUGAACCAGCCUCUGGAUAAGGACUACCUACACAUCCUCUGGAGUAAAGCUCUCUUGAGGGCAUGUGCUGAUGGAGCUGCCAAUCAUCUUUAUAACAUCACUGCUGGAGAUCGCGACAGCUUCCUCCCCGACUAUAUCAGUGGGGAUUUUGAUUCCAUUACUUCUGAGGUCAAAGCUUUCUAUGCAGACAAGGGGUGCAGGCUGAUAGAAACCGCUGACCAGGAUCUCACAGAUUUCACCAAGUGUCUUGCAGUCAUGGUGGAGGAGAUUCAGAAGCGACAGUUGCAGGUGGAUGCUAUAGUGACACUGGGUGGUCUGGCAGGCAGAUUUGACCAGACAAUGGCAUCUGUGGAGACCCUCCAUCACGCUCUGUCCAUGACUCGACUCCCUCUGUUGAUCAUACAGGAAACGAGCUUGGCAUAUCUACUCAGACCCCAGGGCAGCCACAGACUGGAGGUGAACACAGGUCUGGAGGGAGACUGGUGCAGCCUCAUUCCUGUAGGAGGGCCCUGCCAAACAACCACCACUGGGCUGAAAUGGAACCUGACUGACCCUUUAAGACACGACGGCCAGGCUGAGACACUGUGUCAACUACACUGGGACGUAGGAGCACAUGGGUCAAUGCCCCGUGGUACCGGCAGGAAAAACAUACCGCUGUCAGCACAGUCAAAUCCUGAAGGUCAUGACAGAAGCAAUCUGCUCGAUGAUUUCUGCAGGAAAUUUGCAGAUAAUCUGCGGUCAGCUGAGAUAACCAGAUCUUGCAGUUUGGGAAGCUGGUCAGCACCUCCAACACGUACGAGCCCACUGCACCAGGAAACCCCAGAAAGCCCAUAACUGUGACCACGGACCAGCCUCUGCUUUGGAGCAUGGGCAUCCAAAAGGACGGGGAAUGACACCGAAGAAAACCUCCCUCGUGAUGAAAAUGACAGGAUAGAACAUGUAACUACUUUUCUAGAGCUGAGCUACUGCAAAGUCACUACUUUUUCAUGUUAGUUAUAGCACGCUGUAGGAAAGGAAAAAGCUGAAAGCAGUCAUAUUAUACGGGGCCAAAGUGUUCACUUAAGUGUUUUAUGUGACAAAAUAAUGAAGAAUUGUCAUCUCAGGUGGAACAGGACCAUACAAAACUGACAGAAGAGUGACCAAUUUCUACUCUGUUUAUCAUAGAGGCCAAGGUUUUCUUGCCUUGAUGCAUCUUCAUAAUUUAGUUACAUUUAAAUAGAACCAUUUUAAAGUUUAAUCCUGCCUUACACAGUAAAUUUAUCCUCUACAUGCAUGCAGAUAUCUGCUUUGUAUUGCAGCCCCCAGUAUGUGCCUUUGACAUCGUUUCACGCUAAUCACUAUGGAAAAUACACAAAGCCUAAUUUCAAAGUAUUUGUGCCUUUUGAUGAGUUUAUUAUUGCACUUCUGAAAAAUAUAAACUAUUCUAUGCAUUUGUACUAACAGGAAGGGUAUUUGAUUAGACAGAAGAAAUUAGCUGUUGGGUUUCCAUUUGUUUUAUUUACACAUUGAAAUAUAAAUGUUGAGCACAGAAUGUAAAAAUGACAUCCCUUCAAUCCCCAAUUACACGUUGCACCACAGCGUCUUGUCCACAGAUAUUGCUUGACCAGGAUUUAUUUAACCACCACUGGAAGAAAAACAAAAAAGGCAGUGUUAGCAAUGCAAGAAAUCCAAAUGCAUUCAUAUUUUUUCUUUAACGUCCAUUUUAUAUAAUGACACAAAUGACUACCGAAGAAAACCUCAUUUGAAAAUACAAUGCCUGCAUGUGUUGGCACCACUGCAAAGCAUUGCAUUAUACCACCAUCUGCACUUAUAGAUUAAUUAUGACAAUCAUGAUCGCAGCCUAAAUCAUAUGUUUGUCUGUUAUCUUCUACUGUGCACAAAAAUAAAAUGACCAAUGCUACCAGCAA